GGGAUCGAAUAUCAAUAUAUUCUGAACACAUCGCAUAACUAUGGCUGACGAAAUAAAGCGUAAAGAUGCUCAGAUGAGAGCCACCAUCAACCAGAAACUGGUGGAGACAGGUGAACGUGAUAGAUUAAAGGAAUUAUUGAGAACCAGACUGAUAGAGUGUGGCUGGCGAGAUCAACUCAAGCAGCACUGUAAAGAUGUAGUUAAACAAAAAGGGUUGGAACAUAUAACAGUAGAUGACCUAGUUGCAGAAAUUACUCCUAAAGGCAGAGCUCUGGUACCUGACAAUGUUAAGAAAGAACUGUUACAGAGAAUCCGGACUUUUUUAGCGCAGCAGUCUGACAGUUGAUUUCAGAUUUGUGGUUUGUGGCAUUCUGAUAUAUGACCGUCCUAAGGAUACAAGAUAUUGACCGCGACAUCACAAUCACCAACAUGGCAUUUCCCAUAGCUGAUCUAGAAAAAUGUGGAGAAAUUUUGUGCUGUUAGAAUUAAACUUUACAUGUCUAUUUCUUCAUUAUUGCGUUCCAAAACUUUUCUGUACUUGUCUUCUAUACAGAAUUUUUUUUUUUUUUAGAAAGAAAUCAAUGUCCUUGAAGAUUCAUUUGCAUGUACUUGUCUUCAUAUUUUAUGAAGAAUUGAAAUUUAUGUGCACUCCUUAGUCCUAUCUAAUUAAAAUUUGAUUUAUUUACACCAAUUUUUCUAAAUCAGGUGUGUGUGAAGAGAUCUUAUUUUAGUUAGAUUGUUUUCACAAUGUCAAUUGUCGGAGUUAUGAAGUUUACUUAUAUUACAAUGAUUGUACUUUGACUUUACUGACAAUGUUCACUGAAUAUAUACAUGUAUUGUGUGCAGAAUUUAUGAUGCACUUGAUAAGAUAUUAUUGAGUAUAAACUAAUAAAUCUAUCAAAACGUAUUUAUACUGAUUUGGAGUAUAUUAGACGGAAUCAAUAAAUAGAUCAUAAAAAUGUA